AUGCAUCUGACCACCCCACCUCCAGGAACCUGUCUGACCGUCACGGCCUUCGAUAAGACCUGGUUCAAGGUCGGCGUCGCACCCGAAACCCUCCGCCGCACGAAUCUCGGCUCGCUGCAGACGAACUCGCGCGUGAACCUCGAGCGCGCCGUGCUGGGCGAAACACGCAUGGGCGGCCACUUCGUCCAGGGCCAUGUCGACACCAUCGCUAAAAUCCUCUCCGUGACGCCCGAAGGCAAUGCCCUCGUCUUCCGGCUGCAGCCGCGCGACAUAGGCGUCAUGCGGUAUAUCGUCGAGAAGGGCUAUGUCACCCUCGACGGUGCCAGCCUGACCGUGACCAAGGUUGUGGACGGUGCGGAUGGGUUCUUCGAGGUCAUGCUUAUUGCCUACACGCAGGAGAAGAUCGUGACGGCAGCCAAGCGGGCGGGCGACGAUGUCAACGUUGAGAUUGAUAUCGUGGGCAAGUAUGUUGAGAAGAGCGUGCAGGGGUACUUUGCCGGCACGGCUGGCGGCAAUAUGAGUAUCUUGGAGAAGAUGGUGGAACGGAUUGUCGAGGAGAAGCUGAAGAAAUGA